AUGGAAGACUAUCACGAUGUGUAUUUAAUCACUGAUACUCUCCUUCUAGAGGAUGGUUUUGAAAUUUUUCGAAAUAUCUGCUUAGCCACGUAUGAUUUACAUUCAGCUCUUUACUACACCGCGCCUGCAUUAGCUUGGUAUGCAGCUCUAAAGUUAACCAACAUCAAGCUCGACACCUUGACGGAUAUUAAUCAAUAUUUGUUCAUUGAGCAAGGAUUGCGCGGGGGUAUUUUCAUGACCACUCAUUGGUAUGCUCAAGCCAACCACAGCUACCUUGAUAAAAAAAAUCCAAUGCUGCCCUUCUCCUACAUUAUUUACCUUGACGCGAAUAAUCUUUAUGGGUGGGCGAUGUCGUAACCACUCCCGGCCAGUCGUUUUGAGUGGAUGAAGGAUGUGAGAGACGUCAAGGUGCAAGAGGUGUCAGAUGAUAGCCCCACCGGUUACAUCUUGGAAGUGGAUUGGAGUACCCACCCCAUCUCCAUGAUACACACAACGAUUAUCCACUAGCUCCAGAACAUCUCAAGAUCACGUGUGAGAUAACAAGCACUUACUCUCAAGCUCUUGGGGAGGCCUUGCACUAUCGCCACAGAAAAGUGGAGAAACUAGUACCCAGUCUCCACAACAAGGAGAAGUAUAUUCUCCAUCACCGAAAUUUAAAGUUGUACCUUGAUUUGCGGAUGAAACUCUCCAAGAUCCAUGGAGUCCUCCAGUUCAAGCAGGAGCCAUGGUUGAAACAGUACAUUGAUUUGAACACGCAAAUAAGCGCUCAAGCGAAGAAUGGGUUUGAAAAAGACUUUUAUAAACUCACGAACAAUAGCGUGUUUGGCAAAACAAUGCAGAACAUCCGAAAGCAUGUCAAAGUGGAGCUAGUCAUAGAGUCUCAAAAAAUGAAAAAACUGGUGGCUAAACCUACUUUCAAGGUCGCUAAGCAGUUUAAUGAACAUCUGGUGGGUGUGAAUAUGGUGAGGGAAAAGCUUUUAUUGAACAAGCCCGUCUACACCGGUUUCACCUUUUUAGACCUCUUUAAGGUUCUCAUGUACCAAUUCCAUUACUAGUACAUGCUCCCCAAGUAUCAAGCACUCAUCUAAAGCUCCUCUCUACCGAUAUCGACAGCCUUUGCUAUCAAGUCUUCACCGAUCAUUUCUACCGAGACAUCCAACCAGACUUGGAGAAGUUUGACACGGCUGAUUACCCGAAACAACAUGUUCUCCACAGCCCCGUGAACAAGAAGGUGAUUGGAAAAUUCAAGGACGAAACCAGUGGCUGCCUCAUUCGAGAAUUGGUAGGGUUACGUCCGCAAAUAUAUAGCUUCAUUCUAAAAAACGAUGGAAAGGAAAAAGAAAAGAAGACAGCCAAGGGG